AAGGGGAGCUCUGUCCACCAGGCUGGGUGCCCCACCCCUCCUGGCUCCUCACGCUGCUCCCUUUCUGUUUCCCUUACAAUGCAGGAGUUCCUAGCCAAAGAAGACUUCCUCAAGAAAUGGGAGAACCCCUCCCAGAACAUGGCCAAUUUGUAUCAGUUUGAUCGAAUCAAGACUUUGGGGACGGGCUCAUUAGGGAGGGUGAUGCUGGUGAAAGACAAAGAGACCGGGAAUCACUAUGCCAUGAAGAUCCUGGAUAAACAGAAGGUAGUGAAGUUCAAACAAAUUGAGCACACCCUCAACGAGAAAUGCAUCCUCCAGGUUGUCAACUUUGAAUUCCUCGUCAAACUAGAGUAUUGUUUCAAGGAUGGCCAGGCUCCUGAGGAUGUUCAGGAAGAAGGCUCUGCAGGUGGCCCCAGAGCCUGAGGGAAGCAGCCGCCAUCUUCCCCAGGAGCAGAGUGGCCCCUCCGUCCCCGCUGGCGGGGAAGCAGCUCCCAGCCAGGUCAGGAAGUGGAAGUGCCCAACCUUCUGGCAGGGGAAACCCGCUCCCCCAGCAGGUGCCAGGCCCAAUAGGAGCUGUCCCAAGAUGCGUCUGGGCAGGCGGGACUCAGCCCAGGAGGGGAGCCGGGCAGGAUGACUCUGGGGCCUCUUGUGUGGGAUGCACGGACCCCAGGAGCCCAGCCGUGAUUCCCAGCAGGAGUCAGCACCCUGCGCAAGCACUGCAGACCUUCCAGCCUCCCCAGGCCAGGAGGUGGAGGAUCUCUG